UGAGUAGUGUAGGUAGUGACCGAAGGCGAAGCUCCAGCUCAUCACUGAGUAGUAUAGGUAGUGACCGAGGCUACAGCUCAUCACUGAGUAGUGUAGGUAGUGACCGAGGCUACAGCUCAUCACCGAUUAGUGUAGGUAGUGACCAAGGCUACAGCUCAUCCAUGAGAAGUGUAGGUAGUGACCGAAUUGACAGAAGCUACAACUCAUCACUGAGUAGUGUAGGUAGUGACCGAGGCUACAGUUCAUCACUGAGUAGCCAAACAAGUAGCCACAGCGGCGUCAAGUCAUCAGCACCGAGGAUCCACAGUAAACAAAAGUGGCUUAAUGAGGGAGACUGUUUGAUGCUAGGGCAGCUUGCAGGACUAUCAUCAGAUAGACUGGGAUCAGCCCUGUCUUACCUGCAGCAGGUGGGAACCAUUCUCAGGUACACAGAGAUACCGGAACUCAAGGAUCUGGUAUUUCAUGAUCCAUCAGGAUUGAUAGAAAUUAUCAAAGAACUGUUUCAUCACGACCUUAAGAAGGUUUUCACCAACAAAAAUCCACGUCUCAAAAGCUUCUCGAAUACAUACCUAAAAAAGAUUCGGAAAACCCUGUCCAGCCGAGGAUUUCUGCCGAGAGAUGUGGUAAUCGCUUUGUUGGAACCACACGCUACACCGGUAGGAAACGUGGAUGUGAUCAUUGACCUGAUGGAACAUUUUGGUUUGUGCUACACGGAAAGGUCUGAUAAACAGGACGAACAGGCAACACCAGUUGGAUACUACAUCCCAUGGUACAUACGGGAGGAGAAACCAAAGUCUGUGAUGCGAGGUGUCCGAAAACGACAAAAGAAAGGAUUCACUUUGACGUGUGAAAUAGCCGGGUUCUGCCCACGGGGACUGUUUGAGCGGUUGAGUGUUGUGGUAAACAAACUCAUCACGUCCCGACAGGACUGGAAAGACGUCAUCGUAGCUGUUACAGAAAACCUUCCCGUGAUUGUUUACCGCGAGACGAAAGACGAUCAGGUUAACAUCAUAGUGAAUGUCACCGUCCCAGCCCAAGCAGUACAGGGAACGCAGCAGCUGAUUUGGGACAACGUCAUCAGUCCACUGAAAGACAAGCUGUCUACACUUCUGAAAGAGUGGCCUGGACUGCUCUACCGUCUGGUGUAUUCCACGUUUACUCAGCCAGCUAGACAGAAAGGAGACUCGCAGACCUUGUCAGUCCCUUCCAUCAUCCCCACAUUUGCAGUAGGACCGCGAGGCUGCACUGUUCAGCACGGCGGUGUGACACUGGAGUUUCCUGCAGGCUGUGUUAGAGACGCGCGGUUCAUCUCUGUCGAGGUUGAAGCCGUGCCAGUUACCGAGGACGUCCGGACCAACUUGACGGCCAUGUCCGCCGUCCUGACUGUGGAGCAGGACUUCCCACAGCGGUUCCUCCGGCCCGUCACCGUCAGACUGCCCUGGGUCUGGACUCAAGCAGCGGCGGGUAAAGAAACGACAACGAAAGUUCUACACUACGGCCGAGACGACGGUUGGACGGUCUUCAAAACAGACGCUCACCAGGAAGAUGGUGGCAUCAUGUUUCACACAGAUCACUUUCAAAGCUUUUGGGCAAUUCUGUUGCGCAACUUGCUAUGGUCCGGAAAUGAAGUCAGCUGGGCACGGCAGACGUAUAAUGGCUGCAUUGCGAACAAGGUGUACGUCAUCGUCACGCCGGACGUGAACACUCUCCCAGAGCGAACUCUGCAUCUUAUUUCCAUGCGCCAAACGGACAAUAUUGACGACCUUUUCCAGGCACCCGGUGUUAGAUUUGAAUCUCAAAUAAAGCAGCGGGUAGAAAUGACAAAUGACCAGGCAAUAGAGGCUACAUUUGGUCAGGAUGAAGAUGUGGUUCCUGACCCUCGGGACUUACCUGAGGGAGAAUCGAUGCCUCUGCGUCCUCCUACAAGACGUUCAGUCAGGCUUAGGGUGAAAGAAUCAGUGCCACAGAAGCCUAUUUAUGAAGGAAAAGUUAAGUUCACAGUCACAGACGAAGCAAACCAGACAGGGGCCGCGGAAAGGCCACAGUUCGAAGCCUUUGUGAAACUGCGGCGUAAAGGUUGGCCAAAUCUUCUCAGUCUUGUUGCCAUUGUGAUUGCGGCCCUGGCAGUUGCAUUUCAGCUUUACUCUACAGGCUACAUACACGGUUUCUGGGCCCAAGGUGAUGAAGGAGGACACGUCCCCCAACACAUGCCGUAUUCUGGUAAGCCUGUCGUGCUACUUGUCAAUGACGAAUAUGGAACUUCCAAGGGUGGAAUCUCCACAAUAAAUCGCCAGCUGGCCAAACUAUUACGUUCCUCCGGAGCUAAAACUCUCUGUACUGUUCUGAACGCCUCCGAAGAGGACGUAAACGAUGCAAGGACCGACGGAGUAGAAUUGGUAUUUCCAACAAGCUUCAAAGCGGACAAAAGGCAGCCAACCCUUGACUGGCUCACGUGGGAUCAUCAGAUUCGAUAUCCAAAUUUGCCACCAGAUAUAACUCACAUCAUUGGCCAUGCCAGUAUCACUAGCAGAGCGGCAAGAAACAUCAGGAAAGAUCGUCUUCCAUUGGCCAAGUUUAUCCUCUUCAAUCACGUAAUGCCAGAAGACACCGAGCACCACAAGAGCGAUGAUAAGGUCAUGACCAUUGAAGACAAGAUGGACGCUAUCCGCAAAGACACGGAAGAGGCCGACGUUGUGUUCUCCGUUGGGCCAACAAUGCAUGAUUACUACAAGAAUCAGAUCAGACUAUCAAGGCCACACUACCUGUUUCUGCCGAAGCCAUCCGACAUCUUCAGUCAGAUGAACGUGACCUAUGUCGAAACAGAAACCAAAGUGGUGUUGUCCAUAGGUAGGGUAAAGGGUGCUGAGAGGCUGAAAGGCUACGAUCUUGCCGCGAAGGCCAUGAUUAUGGUCAUAGGCAGAUUCCCUGAGGCAAGAUGGCGAGUCCGAGGCGUCAGUGCUGAGGAUUUCCUAGAAAGUAAGGAAAUCAUCCAAGCCAACAUGGAGAAGGGUAUAUUCCACUUUACUCCUCUGAAGUACGCCACACAGGACCAGCUGAGCAGAGACCUGGAAGAAGCUCAUGUCGUCCUGAUGCCGUCACGCGCAGAGCCAUUCGGACUGGUCGGUCUCGAGGCCAUCGCGGCAGGUGUGCCGACUAUCGUUUCCGACCAAUCAGGGCUUGCGAAGUUCCUGAAAGCUCAAGAUGACGUCAUCUUUGACCGCCCGAUUGUAAAAAUCAAAGGGAACGACACGACAAGACUGGCCGACCGCAUCGUGAAGAUACUGGAGAAUGGAAGUAAGGAGUUUAAGGCUGCCAAAGAACUCAAACAGAAACUGAUGGCGUCAAAGUACUGGGAAGAGUCGCAUAGGAAGUUCCUGGAAGAAUGCGGCAUUCCGCAGUGACGAUAUCCUUGACACUUUUAUUCUAAAUCUUUUCGUGAUGUCAGAUCAGUUAUUCCUGUUAGAAAACAAAGUCUUCCCGGGUCCAUUUUCUACCACAUUCUAGUGAAAUGGUACAGGGACAGGUAGUACAAUCUCCAGGCGCCCAGGGAUCGAACCCGUGUCGCCACGCGUUGAGCCAAAUGUACAGAACAAUGUUGCAAUGUGGUUUUGCAGGAUUGCAGUUUUCGUUUGCUAUUGUACUUGGUUGUCGUUUUGCAUGCAUGUAUAUAUACAUUUGACUUUGCUAUAAUAAAACAGUUUUGACUGAG